GGACCUCUUGUGACGGCGCCGGAAAUGGCGCGCUCGGCCUUUCCCGUCCCCUCGCGGCGGGCGUCAGUUUGAGCGGCGCCGUCCGCUCGGAGGCUUCGUGACAAACGGCUUCCUCCCGGGCCCCCUCGGCCGCCGACCUCUCCGUGCGGUCGAGGAAAGAUGGUGGGCCGGAACAGCGCCAUCGCCGCCGGCGUGUGCGGGGCCCUCUUCAUCGGCUACUGCAUUUACUUUGACCGCAAGAGACGGAGUGACCCCAACUUCAAGAACCGGCUGCGAGAACGAAGGAAGAAACAAAAGCUUGCCAAGGAGAGAGCUGGACUCUCCAAGUUACCUGACCUUAAAGAUGCGGAGGCUGUUCAGAAGUUCUUCCUUGAAGAAAUACAGCUGGGGGAAGAGUUACUAGCUCAAGGUGAAUAUGAGAAGGGUGUGGAUCACCUGACCAACGCGAUCGCGGUGUGUGGCCAGCCACAGCAGCUGCUGCAGGUGUUACAGCAAACUCUCCCGCCACCAGUGUUCCAGAUGCUUCUGACUAAGCUGCCAACAAUUAGCCAGAGAAUUGUAAGUGCUCAGAGCUUGGCUGAGGAUGAUGUGGAAUGAGAAACAAAUGGUCAACAUAAUCUCAAUUAAAAAUAUUUUUAAAAUCUUGACUUGGAGGAUGAACAGCUCUGGGGGAAUAAGGGCAAAUAUGCUUGCUAUGGACUGUCCUACACUGAAAUCUGCCAGAGUGAAUUUUUACUUUGUGUAGAUCCAUCUGUCUUUUAUUUAUUUUUCCCAGUGAAGAGUGUAUUUUGAUAGAGAGCUUUUCAUUUUAUAAAUACACUAUGAGUUACCGAAAUAUCAUGGAUUUUGUUUAUUCCUAAAACAUGUAAUUAAAAUGGACACAUAACAUCAUAUUAAUGUACAUCCAAAAUAUCUAGUGCUCAGUUUUGAAAGGCAAAAAAAGUAGGGGAAGGCUGAAGAAUGCACGUUUUUUAAGCUAGAACAUUUGGCUGGAAAUGUGAUUGUGUCUAUCAAAGCUGGGUAUUAAAAUCUUUGAGAUGAUUUCUUCGCAUUUAAUCUCUUAAAUAUGUGAGAUGCGCUGCGGUGCUGUAUUAGCUCCCCCACCGUGUGUAUCGGUCUUGAAGCGUGUGGUUUAAGUCGGUGGCUAAUGUGCCCUGGAUAUUUCCCUGCUGCCGCUGCAGGUGCACGUGGUUGCAGGAAGCACUGGGCACUAGGUCUGUGUGCGCCCUGAUCUAGCUGCUGGGCCUGCCGGUUACUGCCUCCCACUCUCCUCAUGAUGAAGUGAGGGGCCUGGUACGCCGAUUCAGAGAAGUGUCCCUGUCGCUUCUGAUUCAUUUCAUUGUGUGCAGCAUCAUGAAAUUCAGCCUUCUCCUGAGGAGCAGUCAAGCCUUGCACUUUUUUAUUCUUUGAAUUUUGCAUGCUUGCCUGACUUCGUAUUUCUGAAGAUUUUUUUUUUAAAGAGUAACGUGUUGAUUUUCACUGAAAUCAUGUGCUUUUGUCACUACUCUUGUAAAUUAAUCUGAAACUUAACCUUUAAGGUAACUGAGAUGAUAUGCUUGUAAAAAUGUUUCUUUGCUUUUAUCUUAAUGUACCUCCUUGAUCCUUUAAUCUGAUUCAUUUAUCUUCUGAUGAUGAGAAUAAGGUGGAGCCUGUGGCUGGAGACUUGCAAAGCCUGGAGGUAAUGAAAUCGUGACGUCGUCUGCAGCCACAGAUCCAGUGUCAGGCCUGAGCCCAGGGUGUGGCGUGUGGAGCUGAGCAGUGUUUCUCAUUUUGUGGCUGCCUUCGUUCUGCCUGGACAUCUGUGGGGAGAUCCCAGACCUCUCCAUGUGGGCUAGGCUUUUUAUCAUGUUUUAUUUACAAACCUUUCUGGACCUUGAACUUGGGUUUUGUGGUGGUGGGAAGAGUCUGGAAUGUGGUUCUAAUUUCUGUCUGAGAGCCGCAUGGCCCUGGGCACAACACGUUGCAUCUCUGAACUUCCAUCUUCUCAUCUGUGAAUUGAGAACUAGGUGACUCACCUCGAAUGGCUUCCAGGUCUGUGAUCCUGAACCUGUAAACUGCUUUUUAUUUUAUUUUAUUACACCCAGCAUGCUUUUUUGGGGGAGGGGUGACCAGUACAAACAUGCUGGUUAGUCGGUUUUACUAAUAGGACCCCCGAUCCAAAGCAGGGAGUGGAGGUUGGUCAGUGAUUGGAAACAGUCUUCCAUCCUGCUCCCGCCCAGACGAGUGUGCAGAGCAGGGGCCGCCCUAGGAAGAGAGGACAGCACAGGUCAGAGGGAGCACAGGUGGGGAAAGAGCAAGAGACCGUCCCACGAAAACGGCUGGCUGGAGGGCCAAGGGGUAGCUUAGACUUGGAAGGGUCUGAGGGUAAGAGUGUGUGUGUGUGUGUGUACAUACACACUAGAGGCCCAGUGUAUGAAUUCGUGCACAGGUGGGGAUGCUCGGCCUGGCCGAUGACGGGCGUGAGGUUGGCGGUGGGAGUGCACUGACCACCAGGGGGCAGCUCUGCGUUGAGUGUCUGUCCCCUGGUGGUCAGUGCACAUCACAGCCACCGGUCAUAAGGGUCGCUUUGGCUUUCAUGUAUAUAGGUGUAUACACACAUAUAUUUCCCUGGACAUACCAUUGCCAAACAGUUUCCUGGAACCUGGCAGCCACGUUGAUGCUGGCCGAGUGGUGCUCAGCUCAGGCUUGGAACAGGGAUGGCUGCUGCGUGUCCUGUGUGCACGUGUGGGCGCUGGGGGAACCUUCGGCAAUGGAAACGAGUGCCCGUGGGCCUGCUGUUUGGGGCAGAGAUCGAUUGCUUGGACUUGAAGGGAAAGAGCAUUUAAAACAGGCCUCCUGGUGGGAGGUGGCUCUGCUGUGCUAGUGACAUAACUAGGACUCGGUUCACACUUAGCACAGUGUGCACAGCAGGCAGGCCGCCUGCCCUUCUGGCCCCGCUGAGGCAGCUGUGGGCCAGAGUGUGAAUGAAAUGUUACUGCGAAGAGAUUCUGAGAGCAUUGGUAUAUCCUGUAGACAGCAUAUGACAUUUUCUUUCUUGUCACGUAAAUGCAGUGUUAUGAUUGCUGUGGCUCACCUGUGUCAGUGACAAUUAAAGGGUUUGGAGAACACGUUGGCUCGGUGCUUGUUUGCAGAAGUGGAUUCUGAAGUUGGUGACAAAGUCGUGGUACCCGAGUGUGUCUGGGUUACAGCAUCUGAGGGUGUGGACAGCUGGGCAGGUGAGGCUCUUGGUAGUCAGGGCUUCGCACCCUCAGCGUGAGUCGGAACCACCUGGAGGCUUGUUGAGCAGAUGGCUGGGCACCAGGCUCAUUCAGCGCUGCUAACACGGUCCCAGGCUGGGGAGGUGCUGCUGCUGUGGGGCCAUGUUACGAAUAUGACACAGAUGCUCCAUGGUGGUAUGGAACACGUGACAGGUGACCUUUAUUGGGUCACCGAUGUGUGCUGUAGCUCUCUGUAACAUGGGGUUAAAUGGGAUGAGAAGGUCAGCUAACAGAAGUCGCCAGUACUCACCGAGAUCUGAAGCAUAAAGACUGUCAUCCUCGGACUCCGUGUCCAAGAUCGCCGGUCCACUUCAGUGUGCGCGAGGAGCGAGGGUUUCUCCAGAAAUGGUCGUCUCCUCGGCAGGCUGCCACCUCAGCAGAAAUUAUGCUCCAGAGCAUUGUAGCUGUGAGUUUUCAAAUCUGACUCCACUUUGUGUUUUGGGGUGAAUCAAAUGCUCCCCCCCCCCCCCCCCCCGUUUUAGGUACAAGGUUUCUAGAUCACUAUAAUAGAUACAAUAUUUUUUUCUUCACCUUUUAAAGGCUGCAGUGUGUUCUAGAAACAGCCCAGGAGGCCUCAUGGGGGCACUACAUCCUGUUUAAUUUCCACCGAUAGUGAGAAGGUGUCACGUGUUUUGAUGUCAUUCUGAAAAAGGAGCUGGGGCUUGGGGCUGGAGGGAGGACAGUGGGGAAGAGGCUGGAGGGAGUCGUGUCCACGUGGCGUGUGGACUGCACGUGCCGGAAGGUUCACACGGCACCUGCAGUCGCUCCAGUGCUCUCCCCGAGAGGAGGGCCGCUCUGGUCCUCGCAGAGGCUGUCACCAGCUGUUUCGGGUCCCUUCCCGUGGGCACAGUGGUUUCGGAAGCUUCCCUGGCAGCCCUCCUGUAGGCAGGACUCCAGCAGCAGUACAGAGACCAAUGGGAGGAGAGGCUGGAGCGGGGUGCGGGCAGGUCCGGGGUGUGUAACUCACUGACUCCUCCUCCAGUUUAAACCCUGCCCGGUGGUGCAUGGCAAAUGGAAGAUUCAGGGCUCACCCCACCCCCAGCUUUAUUGAGGUACGAUUUACAAAUAAGACUUGUAUGUAUUUAAGAUGUACAAUGUGAUGUUUUGAUGUACAUAUACGUGAUGAAAUGAUGACCACCUUCAGUCUAAUUAACAUGUCACCUCACAGUGACCUUUGUGUUUGUGGGGAGAAUAAAGAUUUACUCUACAGA